AUGAGGAUGCCCUUUGAUUUCUUGGCCAAACGCUCCACCUUCUCGGGCCAGGCUCUGAUGUCAGUGAGAUCACGGGGCUCAGGUCUCCGGCAGCCGGAGGGAAUCGAGCAGUCUGGAGAUCCCUUACUUUUUAUCACACCUGAUGCAGGUAGUGGCGACGCCAGUAAGAGGCACCAAGCAGACCUCAGGAACCAUCCGUGUACUGCUUCUCCUUCUGUCAGCCCCUUCCAGGGUCCUUCUGAGGAAGAAAUCUAUAGAUCCUCAUGUGCUUUAGGUGCACAGGUCCAAAUUCAAACCCUCUCUCCAGACCAGACACGAAUCGGGGACAAACGCAAACCUGCGGAUGCUGGGUGUGCUAGAAGUGUGCGUGAGUUCAGGGACAGCUUGGACAAGUUCAGGAAGAGAAAUUCUCAAGAACUUCUAAGGAAUGGAGAGUUAGUACUUUAUGGCUUGCUAACUCCUACACAGGUCCCAAAUAAUACUGAAGUAGUUAACCCCAUUAAAGUGAGAAGUUUUCUAGAAGCCAAUGCAGAAGUGCUGACAUCUAACAAUGCUGCUGAGCUACGAGCUUUCCUGGUGGAGUCAUGCAGCAACUGGUCUGACCUGGUUCGUGUUAUCUCAGAUGAAGCAUGCCUGUCACAAGGAGAUCUUUUUGGCACUAGCCGACAAAGUCUCAGAUGCAGCCGGGAACCCAAGCGUUGUGGAUCAGCGAUGUUUGCAGUAUGGAUCACUACUCUUUUUCUUCUCAAUGCAGCCAGAGGAAGGGAAGUUUGCUACAAAAGGCUUGGAUGCUUUACAGAUAGCCCCCCUUGGUCUGGGAUCCCAGGGAGACAACUGGCAGGCUUGCCCAGCUCUCCAGAAGAUGUGAACACCAAAUUCCUUCUUUACACUAGAGACAACAUAAUGAAAUAUCAAAAAAUUUCUGCUACAAAUCCUUCAACUAUCAAAGCUUCAAAUUUCCGAACACACAGGAAAACUCGCUUCAUUAUACAUGGCCAUCUUGUUGGAGCGGACCUCCCCUGGAUAACAAAUAUAUGCAGGUUUAUGUUUCACACUGAAGAUGUGAACUGCAUUUUGACCGACUGGAGAGGUGGCUCUAGUGGCUUGUACACUGAAGCAGUUAACAACGUCCGCAUUGUAGGGGCUGAGCUGGUAUAUCUGGUGAACCUUCUUGAGAAAGACUAUGGCUACUCUCCUGCCAACAUUCAUUUCAUCGGCCAUAGUCUUGGAGCACAUGCUGCAGGGGAGGCAGGGAGAAGGAAACCUGGCAUUGGAAGAAUAACAGGUUUGGAUCCAGCUGGACCCCUCUUCCAGUAUACUCCCACAACAGUUAGGCUGGAUCCUUCAGAUGCAAAAUUUGUUGAUAUAAUUCAUACUCAUGCUGGUCAUCUUUUCUUUGACUUUGCUCCAGGGAUUCUCCAGACUUGUGGCCACCUGGAUUUUUACCCAAAUGGUGGGAAGAAGAUGCCAGGAUGCAAGCAGCUUCGUCUACCUCCUGCAACUCGGAAUAUCAAUGACCUUAUGAGAGAAUAUAGAUCUUUUGGAUGUGGACAUAAAAGAAGCCUCCGGUAUUAUGCCGAGAGUAUUAUCACUCCAAAUGGAUUUGUUGGGUAUCGGUGUGAAACAUACAGAGCUUUUGUAUUGGUCUGUGUUCUGCGGCUGUGGAACCGUGCGGCCAAGCACGUGGCAAGCCCUGGCACUUUGCUGAGGCUCGGCGAGGAAUGCCGUGGUUGUCCACUGUGGCAACCCUCAUUAUCUGGAAGAGGACACUUCUCCAGUCAGCGCCAAACUAUCAACAAGGCUCCUUCAACAGAUUAUGAAAAAUUUGCCCAGCCCACUGCAAAAGCUCUAUUUCCAAAUUAG